UGAUCCUAUGGGCUUUCAACCAGGUCACAGUAUGUCUUUCUGCUGUCACCAUCUCCUGACUGGGUCACCACCACUACCAGAGGGAAUCACACACCAGAAGGGAUCCAUGCCAUCCUUGUCACCAGAUGGUCACGUCAUUGCUGAUUGCCUCCUCUGUCUCUUAGAGAGUACUCAGGCUAUGUUUCCAUUACACCUUCAGUGCUGUUAGAUCCAAGAUGACAACGUCCAUGUGACUCCAGAGCUGCCAUGAUGAUAUAUGUACUGAGCCUUUUUCUACUACUGCAGUUCUCUGUGGAUUCUUUUGUUAGUGGAUUUGAGGGAGAUGUGACACCUAAGGACCCCGUGGUUAUGGUAGGGGCAACCCUGAACCUCACCUGCUCCCUGGGGCAGCAGCACAAUGCUAGUGACAUUUACUUUACCAAGGGAACAAGGCGAUUCUCUAAUGCGAGUGUGACAGUUCUCUCCGAACAUGUGGCACGGUUAUCCAGGGAAGACAUGCAGCCGGAGGACACAGGAACUUACCAUUGUUAUGUGGCUGCUAGGGAUGGGCCAGGGGUUUGGAUAAACAGCCAGUAUGUGCAAGUUGGAUACCCACCUGACUCCCCAUCUAACUUGACGUGCAUUUCAUACAAUCAGGAAAACAUGACAUGUACAUGGAACACAGGGAGAACAACCUACCUCAAGACAACCUAUGAACUACUCUGGAGUAGAGACUCAAGGAAAAAAAAAACCUUUUCUCCUUGCCCACGGCCAUCCAUGAGCUCUUCAAGCUGUACAUGGGUCGAGAAUGAUAAACAGGAUACAUUCUGGCCAAACGCAGAAUAUUUUUUUAUUGUAAAUGCCUCAAAUGUUCUCGGUUCGAGGACUUUGCUUGAUGUACAGAAGGCAAAUGCAACUAUAGUGAAGCCCAACCCUGUGCGUAAUCUGACUGCAUUUCCGGUCAUUGGUAAGAGCAGUGCUUUAACAGUGCAGUGGCUUGCCCCCAAACUGGCCAUCUUGCUGGGACCUCCAGAAAUUGCCCCAGGCCUUGUUUACAGAUUGACUGGGACAUCUCAGUGGAACCACACAUGGGUCCGUAUUUUGACAGAAUUCAGAUACAACGAAAGUUUCUCCGUAGAGAUUGGAGGGUUAACUCCCUACACUGACUACAACAUCUCAGUGGCAGUGCAGCCAUUUGGUGGGAAAUACUGGAGUGAUGUGAUGGACACUACAGCACUUACAGCUGAGUCCAUUCCUGCUGCUCCUCCAGGGGUCACUAGCGGCUGCUUUCAACAUGACAUAAAAAAGCAAAACCUUUUUGUCUACUGGCAGGAAAUCCCUAGGCAGCAGCAGAAUGGCAUGAUACUGAAUUACAAGAUCUCUUGGAAUGAGACAUCCGUGACUGCAGUCAGCAACAGUUACCUGGCCCAGUACCCAUCCCGAGCUCGCUCCGUCCCAGAGGGGGAUGUUGGCACCUGGACGCUGAUUGAUAAUGCCAGUCCAAGGUCACUAUGGAUCAUUAAGGUUAACGCAGAGACGCGCAUUGGCAGAGCCACACGUGAUGCAGUGCUCACUAUAGCCCCACUGCAGACACGUCCUGGACCUCCGAGAGACCUGUACAUAGAAGUGUCUUCUGAUAAUGUGGCCUACUUGUACUGGAAACCCCCUGUAGAGAGAGAAGAAUUGGUGGUAGGGUACACUAUAUACUGGUGCUUGGGAAAAUAUACAGAGUUUGGAUGUCAGGGCAAUCUGUUGUGGCAGAAAGUACCUAGAAAUGUGACUUCCUACGAGCUCCAUGUGGCCGCCAGUGAGGAUGUAAGGAGAAACUACAGGUUUGCAGUGUCUGCAGACAGUGACCUCUAUAGCAGUGGAAUGGUCUGGCCACACGUCAAGUGCAACUAUCUCUAUGAUAAAGUUCCUGAUAUACACCCAGUUGGAUUCUCUCUAAAAGAGAAUGCACUGCAGAAAGAGAGAAGUCUAGAUGUAAAAUGGUUAGCACUGGAUUGCACCAGGGGGGCUUUUAGCAAAAUCUUGAACUAUACCAUAAGGAUUUGCGAAUAUCCUGAAGAAUGUAAAACAGGCAAGUAUUCCACGGUAUCAGUGCCACAUCAAGACAAGGACUAUGUCGACUAUAUCAUAGAAGGGUUGAAGCCAGCCACCCGUUAUGGUCUAGCUAUUCAGGCUGUCACUACAGCAGGUGGAGGUCGUUUUACAUCAUUUAAUGACACUUUGGCAUGGACUCAGCAGUCAGCUCCAAGCCUGCCCCCUGCAGGAUUGAGACAGAAGGCAGUUACCUCCAACUCUGUGACAUUGGCCUGGGAACCUAGUCCUGAACCCAAUGGAAAUGUUAGCAAAUACCAGUUAUAUGAGUUAGGACGGUCCAGUCCAGUGAUGACCACAAGGGGGGACGUGUUGACCGCUGUUGUUGACAACUUGGAGGGUUGGAAACGCUACCAAUUCAUGGUGACAGCUUGCACAGAUAAUGGCACCAAGUGCUCUGAGCUGUCCCCACCCUUGGAAGUGAAUACCACCAUUGGAGCUCCAGGUGUGAUAGAUAAUUUCAAGGUCCAGGUGACAGGCUCCACAGGUCAGAUAGCCUCCGUCACCUGGGACCCACCGCCUAUAAGGAAUGGACCAAUCACAGGCUAUGUCUUGCACAUCAACUCAUCUGCCGGCUACCAGGAACAGUACAUAGACACCCUGACAGACAUGGAGAAGUAUCAGACACAUGACGGGAAGUUACACUCUCAAGUGAUGCCCUGUACGAAGGAGACAGUGCACAUGGCCAUUAACUUUAGCAUCCAAGCCAUCAACAGCCUGGAGCAGCGUGGACCACUCAGCCAUGUGGAAGAGACAUACAUGUGUCAGCUAACAGGACUGCCAGAUGGCGUAGUGGGUGGAAUUGUAGCUGGAUGUAUCAUAGGGGGUGUUUGCAUCGCCUUCCUCAUCUUCAUGGUUUACAGAACAAGUGCAUUUUGUAAGAAGAAGCUGACCAUCCCACCAGAAGAGAUACCUGAGCUCCCACCCCCUAUCAGUAUUGAUGAUCACUUUGAUUAUGACAGUGGAAACUAUAACAACAAUUCAAAGUUCUUGAUGUCAGAAAUAGAUGAAGGCAAACUUGGCUUCAGUGAUUUGGACCUUGUCAAGUUCAUGAAGCAAAACAGUAUUGACAGCGGCAUAUUCACUCCAAGCCCAGUGAGUGAGCAAGAGCGCCGAUUCAGUUUCAAUAGCUCUGGUAAUAGUGCCCAUGGCAGUGAAUCUAGCUCCCUGGACACCAUACAAGAGACGGGAGAAGGUCAGGAGGAAGUGGUGACACCUUUAGGUGACCAGGAUUACUUGGAUUAUUUAGAUGAAGAAGAUAAAAUGAAGGAUGCUGCAGAGCUAAAGAAAUUGACCAACCCAGGCAAGCAGCUGUCUCCAGUACGUAGUAUCUCCAGCGACAGUGGGAAUGGCAGCAGCUCAGAUUACUACUAUUCCAAGAUGGCCGUGAACAGCCUGACUGGCCAGCAGCACAAGGAUAGAGGCAUGGAAGAUGGUCAGAUGGAGAAACAACGACCUCAAAAUGAAAAAGAGAAACGGAAGCUUUGCACUAGUGUCAUCCCUGUCCAUCAGCCUGAAGUAAUAGUGGCACAUGCCCAGUUAGUGUUAGCCAACGGCAUACCCCUCACAGCAAGAGGAGGCCAGGGAGAAGAUAACAGGCUUGAAUUACAUUCCAAAUCAAAGAACCUUGCCAAUGUGGGUAUGGCCAAAACCCCAUCUACAAAUCGCCCCGAGAUUGAGUGUAAGGAAGAGAGUGCCAAGAAGUCAGCACAAAAAAGCACAAUUUCAGAAAGCAGUUCAUCAGGGAUGGGAUACUCUCAGUUUGGCCUUGGUGAGGCUAUGAAAGGAACUGAUGCUGACCCAGAUGUGGGCGUUGGUGAAGGUAAAGACACUCAGUCAGAGAAUGGCCAGGGUAAGGGUAUCCGAGAUGGUGAUUUGGGUUCAGAGGGUGACCAGGAGUCUUGGCAAAGUGAUAGCCAGCAGAGUGGAUGGUACAGAGAGAACAGUAAGGAAGAUGAAAAGGUGGCAGAAGAAGAUGAGGAGGAAGAGUGUGCCCAUGCUAACAUUCCCCUUUUGUCCCAGCACCCCUCCCCAAGCCCUCCACCUCUCCAGGAUCUCAGUGAAAGUGAAGACUGCGAGGCAGCAUCUCCAUUGCUAGACAACUCUUCUAACUCCACAUGCUGCAGUGGUGGUAACUUCCAAGAUGGCUGUCAAGUAACAGAUCAGCCUCCUCCGCUUUUCUCAACAACCCUGGGAUCUGGUUAUGUCACACAGGAGGAUAUCAUCACCAAUGGAAUCACUUGCCCCAGUGGAUAUGUAGCCAACUGCUAACAGGGAAUGUUUAAAAAAAAUGAAAUUUUUACUCGAUUUUGUAUAAUGUGCCAGUGCCCAUAUUGUUGCCAUAGAAUAUACACAAAUAUAAAUUUCUCUGUGUUCCUUUGUAAAUGUUGUUUUCUGAUGCAUUUGUACAGAGACUAAGGGGAUAUUAUGUUUCCAUCUGGGCAACCCAUUGGAUAUAGUUUUUGAUCUAGUAUUGAGCAUUCUUUGUGCAUUAUUGCUUUUAGGUUAAGCAAAUCAGAAUUAAUUUGAAAUAUUCAUUCAUAGAGCCCAGUCAUAUUACUGACCUUUGAGUCUAAUUUAUUCAUGGUUCUGUAUUCCAGCACAUAGGUAUUGUAUGUGCCAUUUAUCAAAAAGAUUGUGAUGAUUAAACCUACUUUUAGGUCGCUAAUUCCCCUAGCUCCCAGUCCAUGAAAGAAAUGUUUUCUUCUAUUCAUAUAUUGCCAUUCCCAUAACUAGGCAGUAAUUAACUGUAAAUAAUUAUGCUUAUAUUAUUAAGCCACCAUUAUGACUGGCUAAUCAGGUUGUGCAUGUUUAUGUAUUUAAUAUCUUCUUUUUUUUUUUCAUGUGCAUUCAGUAGCAUUUCACUUUAAAAUUGUCUCAUAUUGUUAUCGUUUUGGGGGGUAUUUCAGUGACUGAAUAUUAUUGUGAUUAAUGUAUUUUUUCACAAAAAAAUUAGUUGUAAUUUGUACAGCAGAUGAACAAGGAGACAGUGGCCAGUAUGUUGUCAGCUAAGAUAUGCCACUUACUGUUAGAUUUGAUGUUGUUGAUUUUAUGUUAUAUAUUGUUUAUGUAGUAAAGAGCUUUUUUUAUUUUUUAUUUAUUUAUUUAUUUAUUUUGCUUGUAACAAAGGCUUGGUGCUAUUUCAAGUCUUGGAUACUUUGUUGAAAAUUCAAAAAUCUAUUUUGAUGUAUAGAUAAGGCCAGUAAAAUUGAUUUUAAUAUUUUUCUAAUUGGGUAACUUUAUCUGUAGUCUUCUAUUAUUUUUUGCUAUAACUGCAAUGGAUCUACUAGCAAUUCUCUUAACUUGAUAUUAUUUUUCAUAUCAAGCUCGAAUUCAAGCUUUACCUCUAAGUCAUGGUUUUACUAAUUUGAUGGAAGAGCCAGUAUAUUGCAAUGAACCAUAUAUACCAAGUCAACCUAUGUUUUCAUCAAACAAAGUUUAUAUGUUGUUUUUUAUUUCCCUGUGGCCAGUAGUAGCAAUAUGUGUUUUCACGUUGCUCUCCCUCAGAGUGCACUUGAUGUAAGAAAAUGAUGUAACAAACUUUCUUUGUCAGUCAUCAUGUGCUACCAGGUACCCAUUGCCAGUCCAGUUCAGGAACUUGUAAUAUUGUUGGUAAUUUAUGCUCAUUGCAUGUAAACUUUUUGUUACUGUAAGUUGUAUCUGAAUGAAGCUUGUAACACUUGCUUUCAGUGCCUUGAGAAUUGACCUUUUUCAUCUUAAGAGUCCUUUAUAGUGAAUUGUUGGCGUCAUUGAAAGUUAGAUUGCUAAUAUUUGCAUCAAUAAUUUGUAGGUCAGUGUCUGGUUUGCUCAAACUAUUUGUAACUUGUAAAAUACAUUUACAUAUUAAUCAAACUUCAGAGGGUUGCAACUCGUAAAUAAAUAUAUACUCUGUGGAAAUUAGAGGUUUGUGAGACUUUGGUGUCAGUCUUUAAGAGCUCAUAAAACAGGAUAUCAGUUAAUCAGAGUUGUCAUAUAUAUAUAUAUUGUUAUGAUUUAUUUUCUUAUUUAAUAUACAAAUGUGUUAUAUGUUCCAGGUGAUGAGUAAUGGCAACAGGUGAUUGUGAUUUAUAAUGUAGAUUUUGUAUUGUAAGGUUCUAGCAGCAUAGUUUUGCUCUGAGAGUUAAGGUUGGCGAUAAAACAAGAUAUGAAGAUGUCUCGAAACAAUAUUUUUUUGUUUUUAAUUAACAUUAUUCGGUUGUUGUAGAGGUGCAAAGUAUCUUGUUAACACAGUGGGGCUUUAUUUGUGUAAUUUUUGCUAUUUUUGUUGUGAUUCUGUAACUAAAAAUUGCUUUAUAUUGUAUUUUGCUGUUAUUAACUUGAUUGAAAUGGGAGAAAUGAAGCAAUUGACUGUGAUGAAAGUUAUAGCUAAGUUGAUGUAAGGACAUUAUAUAAGGACAGACAGCACGUAACUGUUUUUCCUGCUGUGCAUUUUACAGUUUGUUUUAUUUUUCGUCUUUAACUCAACAUUUAAAUAUAGAGGUAAAAUUUGUGAUAUUUUGAAUUAAGCAAAAUAUAUAGAAUUUCUGUAUCAUAUUUCCACAUUUUUAAGGACCACACAUGGAAAUUUUGUUGUUUUGUGUCUUAAAUCUUAGCAGUUUCUUUGGAGAGUCUUGUUCAAAUGGAAAAGCCAUGAUGAUUAUAUCACCUUAAAAUAACAUUAAAUAUAAAGUGAAAAUACAGGGAGCACAAGUAACUUCACUUUAAGUCAGUAAAGAAAAACAGUUGCUUUAAACAUACUUUUUAGUAUUUUUGGAGGUGUUAAGUUGAUCGGAUUGAUAGUUCAAAUGUACCAGGAAAUGGUUCAGAAUAAUUUGAGGGUUGUUCCUAAAUAAAGAAACUGGUGCCGCUUUAUUUCAAAGAAUUUUCUCUCUAAAAGUGGUUAGUAGAUGUGAUUUGUGGUGUUAGCCUGUUACUUGGCAACAUAAAAGAGGCUCAGAUUUCACACCUUUAAGUAUACAUGGUAUGAAAAUGUGUGUUUGUCUCAAGAAAUUUCAGUUGAAGUUACGGGUUCAGUUUUUCUGUUCAUUACAUCUUUAACAUUCUGUUAUGAAUGAUCAUUUAAAGAGCAUUUCACCUGCAAGCAAAAAUAUGAAAACUGAAACUGUGCCUUUUUAAUGUUCACUGCCAAUGCUGCACAGGCUGAAAACUGCUCAAGUUUCCUCUGUAAUUUUGCACUGAUGAAAAAUAGGCAAAAAAAAAAAAAGAAAUGUUGACCGGUUUUGUUUGCAAACAGUAUAUAUUUGUCUUCUCUAUGAUAUAAAAUGUAAUGUUCAUUAUGUAGUAAAUACAAGGGCUUGGUAAAUUUACAAUUUAGACAAUUUUUGUAGGAUUAUGAAGAGUCCUUACAUGAGACUCCAUCAUUAUGGGUUUUAGUUUCCCAUUAACAAAGAAAAAAAAAAUGACACAAGUUAAACAUAGCUUACAUAAACAUGUAUGUCAAAUUUUGAUUAGAAAUACAUUUUUGAAAAUGGUUUCUCACCACAUGUAGCAAAGUAAGUAGUUCUGCUCAUCUGAGCAAUGGUUGCGAUUUCCUGAAAUGAGCUUUUUUAAAUGACUUUUCUCAAAUUCUGUUUAGUAGCUUGUUUUCUUCUCACGUCCUUGAAGAUGUUGAAAUGCCAGGUGGCAGUAAUGCAGUUUAACUUUCAGUUGGUUUUGAAGUAAUGUUUGUACCGGUCAAAGUUGUCAACAAGGAGGCACCUGCUUCAUUUUAAAUGUCAGUCACUUCUACUGUGCUUUAUGAAAUUGAGGUUUUUAUUACAGGAAGGAUAAUUUUAGAAUGUAGCCUAUAAGCAAAAAUAAAGCAAACAGUAGGCAAAUACUCAAUUGUUGGGUUUUCUAUUUUUUGUGGUCCUUAAAUUGAGCUAAUCACUUCAAAUGUGUCUUUUACAAAAUAAAGAGAAAGCAGUAGCAAUUCCUUUUCACUAAAAACAUCUGACUUUACAUAUCAUUGGAAGAUUAACAAUACACAAAUUACAACACAAAAAAUAAAAAUCCAUUACAGUGGGGGAGUACUCUAAGUUAUCUUCAACUCUUUAGUUCCAAGUAUACGCAUCCAAUACCACAAGCAGGUCACUAUCUUCAAAUUCAUAAAUUCCCGCAACCAACCAGGGGAUAAUAAGGCAUAAGUAAUUCAAAGCAAUAUUCAAUAGUACUGACAUCAUCACAGUUCUAGGGUUUUAUCACUCAAGUUGAAACACGUGUGGGGAAGCAAAUGGGAUUUUCAGUGUCAAAAAUUUUCUGUUCAAACGUGAAAAACACUUCACAACUUUUACAUAAUAAGGAAUUAAAUUUAUAUCCUCUGCCAAGAAAUACCAGUAAAGCAAGGAUAAAAUGUAUGCAACAGUCUCUUAGACUUUGGCCAAGUAAUGUGAUAUGAAAAGAAAUUUUAAAAAUUUGAGUUUGAAACUGGGUCUAAUGAUGGUCAGUAAGCAUUUAUUUGUAUUGUUGAAUACACCUUUUUCCAUGCUGAAGUGCACUAUAUUCUGUUCUUUCAAGCACAGCUGUUACAGUUACUGCCUUUGUAUAAUACCAUUUUUUUAUAUAUCUGAACUUAGAAUACUGAAAGUAGAAUAAAAAAAACCCUCCGAAAUCCUUCACAGCCUUCUGUUUUCACCUUUUAAACUACCAAAUUCGGCAGAACCUCACACACACACACACAUAAAAAAAAAAA